AUGGCGGCCAAUUCGUUAUUAGAAGAGGAUAUUCCCGGGGCCAAGUUUGUUCAUGCAUCGGUCGAGGAACACACAAAUAUUCAAUUAAAAAGAUGGUUGAAAUGUCGUGGGCUUCCUACUUCUGGAAAACGGCCAGAUUUAAUAGAAAGAUGCCAGAAUGCUGUAAACAACAAUGUUAAAAUUGAUCUGAAAGUUGACGAUGGUAAAUGGCUGAAUCUUAAAAAGAAUCCAACACCUGUUGCAUCACAAGUUCCCUAUGUUCCAAUUCAAGGUUGGAAGAAGUUUCCAUCUGUGUCUAUACCAAAACAUUUUAAUCAUGGGCAUAUCUACUAUUAUCUUGUGGAAUCAGUAGCAUCAAUAGAGUGUGACUCAAACAGUUCUGAGGAUGACUGUCAAGAUGAUGUACAUACUAGCAAACCAUUUACUAAGGGUAUGAAUCUUUUUAGGAGUGGUCAUGUGAAAAACAUGCAUGAU